AUGGCCUCACAACUCCCAGCAUUCCCACGCACAAUCUUCACCAUCGUAGAGCCCAUCUCACUCAUCGGCGGCUUCCUCGGCCCCCUCCUCAACACAGACUGGUUCAUCGCCUCGCAGCUCAACCCCCCUCCCAGCCCCAGCCCCAGCCCCAUCACCACCUCUUCCUACGACGGCAACGCGCGCCUCGUCGCGCUCCAGCUAGGCAACGCAUACGGGCUGCUCUUCCUGCUCGGGAUCGCCGUGCUGUACACGACGCGCGAGCUCAACGUCGUCCGGAACUACCUCGUCGCCCUGUGGCUCGCCGACAUCAGCCACGUCGGCGUCACCUGCUGGGCCCUGGGUUACGAGCGGACCCUCGACGUCGGCGCCUGGAACCCCUUGACGUGGGGUAAUGUCGGGUUCACUUAUACUCCCUACUCUCACGUAAACACUGACAACCAUGAAAAGACUUUCCUCUGCUUAACCCGAACAGCCUAUCUUCUAGGCCUCUUCGGCCCAGAUCGUCCAGCCAUCACUUCCUCCAAAAAGAAGGCUUGA